AAAAAAAAAAAGCAAUGAGACAUGGGAUAACAGAGUACAAUCCAGUACCUCAGUACCUGGUUGUCCAGCUUAGCUAGUCCUUGCUGUGGGCCAAACAGGGAGAGUUGGCUGAUAUCCCCAUGCUCUUCUUAUAUGCCCAUCCUGUAGAGGCUUGACCCAUAAGUCCUCUAUCCUAGGUGUCCUGCUGCAUGUGGGGGUGCCCUUCACUGUGGCAGAUUUUCUGCUUUCAGUUCAUCAACAUGGAGAGGAUGAUCCUCUGUUUUUACUGCUUACUUUGAUCAGAGGUCUGUGUGCCUCUAAGCCAUGUAAGUUGCUUUUGCCAAGAUGAGGAAGUGGAAUAAGACGCUAGUUCCUUGAGGAGGCUCCUGACAGAUGCCCUUUGGCAGACCAUACCACAGCCUGGACAGGCAGCCACAAUGGUCCUUGCCCUUGCUUGGCAUUCUGUGGUGGUCCUGCCCUUCUCCAUGCAUGCCUAUAGGUCUGCUCUGGUAUGUGAAGGUUGGUGGGCUGACUAUGUGCCUGCUGAAUCUGGCAAAUAAACGUCACCCUGCAAAGCCUCUGGCCACCCUCUUGCCUUUGCUUCCUCUGUCCUACCGAGGAGGAGUCCCUAGAAGGCAAUGGGAGGGGAGAGUCAGAUAAGGUUCAAAGGUAGUGACUGAUGCUCAGUGGAUUUUUGGGGCUGAAAGUGAAGGUCACUCACCAGCAUAUUCCUUCAAGGUGGUUGUGGGGAUCCCUUGGACUCUGCAAAUCCAUGUGGGUGGUGAGUCCUGGGUUAGAUUUGAACCAAGGGAUAACCCCUGGGUUGAGAGUUUAAGUAGGAGUUGCUGUUCCAACUCUGUUGACGAAGGAGCCUUUGUCUUAAUUUGGGGAUAGAACUGGAACCCACUCACGGCCAACCACCACAGGGACAGAGUUUGCUUAUGUCCAAAAUAGAGCUGGGAGGAGUGUAGGUUGGGCAUUUCACAGAAGUUCUGUGCUGUGUGUUGAUUCCUACUUCCUGUGAAUACCUGCGCUUUCUAUAUAUGCCCAAAAGAUUUUGCUCUGUCUUCUGCUGGAGCAGAUCAGCUUUAUAAUAUGGGGUUCUGCAUAAGAUUUCUGGGCAGAGGGAGUCAUAUUGCAAAAAAAUAGCAUGAAGAGCUAUUUAUUUAUCAGAUGGGCCUCAAAGAACUCACCAGGGUUACUGUUUUCUCAGGGAGGACCUCAAAGAUAACUUCUCUGAUGUGGGAAUAAUAAAAAGGGUUAGUCCCUGGUCCUUGAAGUAUCUCUUGUCUCCAAAAUUGCAACCUUACUACAGUUCCAGGCAUGAUGAAUCCUGGGAGGUCUAAAUUGGGGUACUGACACUAGUAACUCCAAACCUGGGUAUUAUGUCUUACUUGAAUAAAACCAAGGGUAACAUAAGGGUGUUCUGAGUUGGGACCCAUGUGUCCGUCUUGCCAAGAUUACCUGUAACCGAAGGCUGACAGCAUGGGGCUUUAUAUUAUUUGGGGAACUACGAGGUGCCAGCACUCGGUCCAGCUCUGCCCAGAGCCCUGGGGGGCCCAUCGGGACCAUCAUCCCCAUUCCCUUGCGGCUGCAGUCUUGACUGUCCUGAAGCGCAGAAAGAAGAGGUGUGGAGCCCAGGCUCCGCCCACUUCGUGGCAGCUAUAGCUUGGGACUAUAACGCCUGGCUUUGCCCAGAAAGGUCCAGCUGGCAGCGUCGUGCUUUCCACCUCAAGCCAACGGAGCGGCUCCAGUCCUCUAGAGACGCUUGACAGCUACAACACUGUCCCAGCAUCCUCUACAGACUGUGGGCCACUAGGCCCCGCCCCCUGAGGAUUUGUCCAAUCAGGGCUAGAAGUAAAUGUUUCCCCACCGAUUCGGAGUCGUCAUUUCCGGCCCCUCCCGGAAGUCGCUCGGUGGAGCUAAAUUUGAAACCUUCCGAGAGGCGGGAGCGCGGCCACGUAUUUGGACCUGUAGUGGUUUUCUUAGUUACCUGGGCCACUGGCGUCCUUCCAUCAUGCCUAUCCGUGCCCUGUGCACUAUUUGUUCUGACUUAUUUGACCACUCCCGAGAUGUGGCCGCCAUUCAUUGUGGCCACACUUUCCAUCUGCAGUGCCUUGUUCAGUGGUUUGAGACAGCACCAAGGCAGACCUGCCCCCAGUGCCGAAUUCAGGUUGGUAAAAGAACUAUUAUCAAUAAACUCUUCUUUGACCUGGCCCAGGAGGAGGAGACUUCCUUGGAUGCGGAAUUCUUAAAGAAUGAACUGGACAAUAUCAAAGCCCAGCUUUCCCAGAAAGAGAAGGAGAAACGGGAUAGCCAGGUUAUCAUCGACACUCUGCGUGACACGCUGGAAGAACGCAAUGCUACUGUGGAAUCUCUGCAGGAUGCCUUAGACAAGGCUGAGAUGCUCUGCUCCACAUUCAAAAAGCAGAUGAAAUACUUAGAGCAGCAGCAGGAUGACACUAAACAAGCACAGGAGGAGGCCCGCCGACUUAGAAACAAGAUUAAGACCAUGGAACGGAUUGAGCUCCUACUCCAGAGCCAGCGGCCUGAGGUGGAGGAAAUGAUUCGAGACAUGGGUGUGGGACAGUCAGCAGUGGAACAGCUGGCUGUGUACUGUAUAUCUCUCAAGAAAGAGUAUGAGAGUCUGAAAGAGGUACGGAAGGCCUCAGGGGAGCUGGCUGACAAGCUGCGGAAAGACUUAGUCCUCUCCAAAAACAAGUUGCAAACAGUCUGCUCUGAAUUGGAUCAGACCAAGCUGGAGCUAAAGUCAGCUCAGAAGGACUUGCAGAGUGCUGACAAGGAAAUCACGAGCCUGAAAAAGAAGCUAACGAUGUUACAGGAGACCUUGAACCUGACGCCAGUGGCCAAUGAGACUGUCAACCGCCUGGUUUUAGAGAGCCCAGCCCCCAUGGAGAUGCUAAACCCGAAGCUUCGCCUGCCACCCUUCCACAAUGCCAUUGACCUUGAUUCUACCUUCAACGUGAAUACCCCUACAGCCCAGCCUUCUGGCUCCCAGCAUGGCUGCUCCAAGAAGCUCUGCCUGGAAAAGGCAUGCUCUCCUGUUCAAGAUGUGCUAAGGAAGAUGCCCAAAGUUUCCAAACAGGAGUCCCAGCUCUCUCUGGGUGGCCAGCGCUGUGUAGGAGAACCAGAUGAGGAACUAGCUGGUGCCUUUCCUGUCUUCAUCCAGAAGGCAAUCCUGGGUCAGAAACAGUCCAAGAGGACUAUGGCAGAGUCCUGUCGCAGCACAGAUGUGGUAAGAACAGGCUUUGAUGGCCUUGGGGGCCGGACAAAAUUCAUUCAACCUACUGACAUAGCUGUGAUCCGCCCACUGCCGGUUAAGCCCAAAGCCAAGACUAAGCAGAGAGUGAGGAUAAAGACUAUGCAGCCUCCCUGUCAGACCAAGCUGGAUACCUUCCUGUGGUAAAGAGACUAGUAUAAGCAGUGGCCAGAUACAUACCUCCAACAAGAAGACUGGCCAGGCCAGGGAUCUUUUAGGGGAUGGGCUCUUUCAGGUCCAGUCCUGAGAGCAAGGGCGGAUGAGCAGACAAAGCUUCAAAUGACACCAAGAGACUGAACUUCCUGUGCUCAGUCUGCCUUACCCCACAACACUGGGCUUCUCUUUAGGAGUCCAUACAAUUCUGAUUGGCUCUUUGUUUUAAGCUCCCGUUUAUAGCAGUGGUCAUCAGUUGGCUGAGUUUUUUCUGGUUGUGGAGACUACAGUCACUUGUUGAUUGUUUGUAUGGAAAAAAGUACUUGAGGUUUCUCAAGCAACCUCGUCAGAGCUUCCUUCUGCCCUGGCGUAAUGCUAAGCAUGGCUUGGGCCAAGCAGAGUGGUGGAUAGAGGUAGUGGUAAGGCGAGGAUGGGGGAAAAUAACAAAAUAUUGUCUUUUCUUCCUGGUUCUGGGAUUAUACAUUUGCAUUGAGACUUUGGAAAACUGCUUAGGAUGACUUUCUAAAGGAGGAGCAUCACCUAGACUCAGACCUAGCAAUUUCAUUACUAGGUAUGGGAACUCUCAUAGGGCUUGAGAGACUCUAGCAAGAUUGAGAGUACUGCAGUUUUGCCCAGUCUGACCAGGGCAUAGCCCACAAGCCCUAAGGAGGAAAGUGGAUAGGUAAACUAUUUCUCCAUAAAGAGUUCACUCAUAGCAAGCACAAAAAAUUAGUAGUGGCCAAAUUGUGAGGUUUCAGGUCCUGCCUUUAGGGGCACUUUCUCCCAGAGUGUUUCCCUGCUUGACCCCUAGCCUGGCCAGGACCCCCUAAACCUCCCUCUCCAGCUAUUGAACAAGACUUUACUUAGGGCCCAGUAUGGGAUGAGAGGAACAGAAAGUGAGUAACUAGUUAAGGCUGAAGGUGCCCAGCUACUUUCUAGUAAAUCUAGAGAAACACUGGGCUAUACGGAUAGGUAAUCCUCUUAGUUAUGGGGCUGACAUGAGCUGAGGUGUAGUAAGGAUCAGUGCAGUAUCAGACUGAAGAGUAGAGGCUGGCUGCCAGCACCCUCUUCACCUGCUGAGUGUUCUUGUGUAAGUUACCUAGCCUCUGUGCUUGGCUUUCUUUAUAAAGUGGGGACAAGAGUACCAACAUCACAGGAGUGGGGAUCUAAUGAAUCAGGAUAUUGGUUAAGAACUUAUACAACUAAAUGAAAUAAGCCAGAUAUAAAAGGACUACAGUAUGAUUCUACUGAUAUGAAGUAUCUAGAAUGGGCAAGUUCAUAGAGACAAAUAAAAUAGUAGAGACAGAAGCAAAAUAGAGGAUACCAAGGACUAGGAAACUGGGGAGCUACUGCUUAAUGCUAAGAGUUUGGGAUAAUGAAAAAGUUUACAAAUAGGGAUGAUGAUUCCCCUCCCCCAAAUCCUGAAAACCCAAAACCAAACAAAACCCAAAAAACAAGACUGACCUAAUAAAUAUAUGGAAAUGUUGCCAUUCAGCCCGGCAUUCUUUGGCUCAAUUUAGACGGAAAUCACAGCUCUGUUAGCAGUCCUGAUGUCACCAGGUAACAUAAGUUAGUAAUGAAUCCCAUUAAUUUGCACAGCCAGCUGCUGGUUACUGCUGCUGCUGGUGGUAGAUCAGUUCUACCAUUUGCUGGUCUCUGUCGUCUGCUGUUCUCUGGAGCUCUUUGGUGUUAACAGCUCUGAGUGUUUGUCUUUCUUUGCAAACCAGCUGCUCAGUCCACACUACCUGGGAAAUGAAUCAAGAGCAGGUUUUACUAGAACACCAAAGUAAGUGUUUAUUUUAACAGGGCCUGUGCUGCAGCAAAGUGGGGCUGUUAUACAGGAGCAAGGCCUCCUAGACUAAAAUCAAAAAGUGUCUAGGAAGUGCUAUUUAUGUAGCAGCUGCCAGCCUGUUACAGUGAAGGUGAAGGCUGAAACCAGAGAAUCUUCUGGAGAGCUUGCUGUGAAUGUUGGGUAUGCAAAUAAGGGGCCCAGGUCCCUCUCCUGAUCUUAGCCAUUCCAGGAUGCUCUUUCCUUCAAAACUGCAACAGUAUAGCUGGGCAUGGUGGCCAACACCUGUAAUCCUAGAACUUCAGAGGGUGAGGCAGAAGGAUCGCAG